AUGGCUGAGUGGGCUGGUUGCCGUAAGCUAGAGUUCUCUGAUGGCUGGGGCUCGUGGGAUUUCUGGACCUAUUUAGCCAAGUCUGGUCCUGAGCAUGCCGACAAACGAGGCGUAGACGGCUUCGCUAGUAGUGGAGGAGUCCGAAUUGGCGACACGUUGUACAAGUCUGAUGGUGAGAGCUACUUCAUCACUUGGGCGGUGGUCGGAGAAUGUGGGACAGGGCGACAAUGGUCAUCGCAGCUUCUCUCUGCCGAUGUCCCAUGGCCUCCUAUCAAACGGCAAAAGCUCGCAACCUUCGAGGGCCACAUCUUCGGGACGAAACUGUACAAGUUCGAGUCGUGUAAAGGGUCAUAUGGCCGGAUCGCGGCUCAUCAUACUAUCGAGCAAUGGUUGAUCGCCAACGGGGUGCGGAACCGUGCUCACACAGAUGUCCUCAACGUUUCGCCCCCUGUGGGAGGGCUGGAAUGUUGGGCUCGACACUUCGAUAAGGCUAACACGAGAUUUGUGAUAACUCACUGGAAUAAAGGCCAGCACGAAAUUUGCGAGGAUCUUCCAUUCGCGGAUGACUCCUUCGACUUCGUUAUUAUGCAAAUGGUGGUGGAGCACAGCGUAUUCAUGUGGGAAUGUUACAGAGAAGUUCACCGAGUCCUGAAGAAGGGAGGAGUAUUCAUAUCUACCAACCCAGUAAAAUUCCGUCGCCAUCCAUUGGGUGGCAGUACAAAAGUGAACAAGCGACUGAAGGAGAAAGGAUACGCGUACCCGGACAACUAUAGGCUUCUUCCGGCCGGUAAUCGAGUCUUAACUCUCUGGGCUGGAUUCUCAAAGAUUCAUUUAUCCGGUGGUUGGGGCAUGAAACGGUUUUUCGCAGAGCCCUCUUUCGAUAUUCCAAAGGUGAAGUCACAUAUGGCGAGUGACCCUACAAGUGGUAUUGGCGACCCAUACGUGAUCACAGCAUGGCUGAUUGCUGAGAAAUAG